AUGUUCAGAGAGUCCAAGAUCAUGGUUCAGCUAUCACCACCUCGGACUCUAGAGACUUUGACUUCCUCAGAGUUGGCUUUGGAGAUGGAGGAUGGGCAGGGCAGCCCUAAAUCGGACUCCCCUCGAGUGCUCACUGCUCUCCAGCUUGCCCUCAACUCCUCCUCGACAACCUACUACGGCUAUGAGAAGUAUAUUGAGGAUGGCCUUAUUUGUCUCAAGCACAAGAUCCGCAACAUUGAGAAAAAGAAGCUGAAACUGGAGGGAUAUAGUGAGAGGCUGAAGAAUGGUGAAAAACUAAAUGAAGACCAACUGGAAGCUGUGGGGAAAUAUGAGGAGGUGGUCCAUAAUCUUACAUUUGCCAAAGAGCUGCAGAAGACCCUUGGUGCCCUCACACAAGAUUUGCUGAAAGCUCAGCGGAAAGCUGUUCGUCAAGAGAAGGUGAUGAGGAUUGAGACAGAGAGGAGACGGAUGAGCCUGAUGCUUCAGGUGCAGUAUGUCCUCCACAGUCUGCAGAGAGAGGACGUACAGAGGAAAUUCUGCAAUGCGAGGCAACAUUCCCAUUACCUGUCCAUGCAGGACAUGGAGAAACUGCUGGAGCUGGCUUCAUUAUUAGGAUGUAAAAGAAACCAUAGAAUGAGUUUAGAGGAUCAGAUGGAACAGGCUGCUAUUGUUUACUUGGAGCUAAUGGAAGGGAAAGAAAAGGCAGUUGCUGGCUCGACAUAUAAGCACAUGAAGGAAAAGCUUCUUCGACUAGUGGACUGUGGCUUCUUUGAUCACAUAUCACUUCCUCAAAAUGAUAGCCAGCAGAAGACUGAAAAACAAAAGUCUGACCCUCCAUCCAGGACAUUAAGCCUCUCCACACUGGUGAAACUGAGCUCAAAAGAAGUGCCUUCAAAAGAGUUUCUUAACAGACGAUACGUACCUGAAACGGACAUCAAAGAGUGUAGUCCGGGUGAGAAGACUCCCAUUCACAACUGGAAGGAUGAGUUUUUGGCAAUGAAGCAAAGAGAGCCACCGGACUCGUGGGACAUGGAAUUUUCCGAUCCUUCUGUGUCCGCUCAGUCCCCCAUACAGAAGCCGUGGAAAGGUGCUGCAGGAUUGAUUCCGAAGACUCAAGAUAUUAUGAAGAGACCCAUAACGGACCCUAAAGAGAAACGACAGAGGAAGAGCAAGGGGGAUCUUGAGUCUAAAUCAGUGCCUGUGGAAAUGUUCAGCUCUCCAUCUCCAUUACCUAAAGACCCUGUGCAGCGCAAAGAGCAGCUGGAGUCCCUGAUGGACCAGAUCUCUGGCUCCUUCAGUUUCAUGCAGGAGUCUCUUCUAGAUGGGGAAACUUCACCUAGUAGCAUUCGAUCAAAUAGAUGCCGUCCGUCUCCUGGCUCUUCUACUCCCCUCGCACAAAAGGAAUUAACAAAAAGUCCAUCAGAUAUUCUGGCUCAUUCCCAGCAUUCCACUCCCUUACGCAUCCUGCUCUCUGGAGAUGGUAAAGGCGGUCUGUCGAAUGGAGAUCGUUCUAUAAAUGACUCUGACCUUGAUCUACACCAUGAAGAAGAACCACAUAUGCAAAGUGAGGGCUUCACUUCUCCACCUUUGUACCGAAGGGGAUCCUCAAUCUCGCUUCCUCUAGAAAAUCAGAGCUCUGUACAGGCAGGAAAGCAGAAUUUAUGCAAUGGAGUAUCAAACUCCAUGCCUGCACAGACGUUUAAAACCCCACCCAGUCACCGAUCCAUCAGUGUAGAUAAUCCCUUCCACAACAUUCACUCUGUAUUUAAUGUGGCUUCUCUGCCAAUCAGUGAGAGUUCAGUGAUUAAGUCAGAUGAGAGUGGAUUCUCUGAGUCCAUGAAUCUCAGUUACACUACAGCCAAAACCCUGAGUUUCUCCACCGCCAGCACCCAGACACCACCUGAACUUAACCCGCCUGAAGAUGACCUACAGAUUGAGGGCCAGUACCAGCUGGAGUGUCCUGUCAGUGCAGGUGGUCACAUGUUUUCUGCUCCUCAGCCACAGUCUCGUCUGGGUCAGACCUGCUUCCCCCGCGGGACAGCGAGAGGUAUGAUGCGUGCAGGCAGGGGUUUGAUUCACUCACACAGAUCAUCUGGUGGCUACAGAGGUGGUUAUGAGGCCUACAGAGUGAAUAUGCGCUCUCCAGGAGGGGGCUUCACAUCCCAGACCCAUACGACACACCGAGACCAUGGAUCUGCCCUUUAUAUGUCCAGAGAAAACGGGUAUCAGCAGAGUUUCAAACGAGGUGGAGGUACAGCAACGCAAAGGAACAGUGCCGGUUGGAGUGACUCCUCACAGGUGAGCAGCCCGGACAGAGGGGCGUAUCCACUCGACUCAGGAAUCAGUGACACACUCUCCAUCACACAAACGGAUGUUCCCAUGACCCCCCAGGGAGCCCACACACUGAUGCCCGUUCAUGUGUACCCACUCAACCAACUCAGAGUAGCCUUCUCCGCUGCCCGCACAGCCAAUUUCGCCCCUGGCACUCUGGAUCAGCCAAUCGCCUUCGACCAACUGCACACCAACCAAGGUGACAUGUUUGACACGGCCACCGGUCGUUUCACCUGCCCUGCUGCGGGCACGUACGUCUUCCUCUUCCACAUCCUGAAACUGGCAAUCAGUGUGCCCCUGUAUGUCAACCUCAUACGCAACGAAGAGGUGAUUGUGUCCGCGUAUGCUAAUGAUGGAGCUCCAGACCAUGAGACCGCCAGUAACCAUGUUUUACUCCAGCUGUUCCAGGGAGACCAGGUGUGGCUGCGACUGCAUCGUGGCGCCAUCUAUGGCAGCAGCUGGAAAUACAGCACUUUCUCUGGUUUCCUUCUGUACCAGGACUAAACAUGUAUCUCCCUUACAUAGGCACAAUAAAGGAAGAUGGGGCAUUUUGGAUUUAUUGACGGUUGUAGUUAAUCUGCACUUAUUGCGCUUUGUUACGCAUGGUGCAACUGCAUGUUUAAACGUUCAUGUUCAUUAGUACAAAGUCUGUUGAAGCUAAUGUUUGUUUUUGGAUGUUUACAUGGAUUUAACCAGAUUUACCCUCCCCUUUUUUUUUUCUUUACAGAUAAUUGAAAAGUAUUGCUGUAUACCCUUGUAACCAAAUGUAGCUGCAUUAAAUGUGUACUAAUUGAAAGUCUUAACAUUCAGAAAUGAAUGUGUUUGUUCCUGUGUUCACUAAACGACUCUGUAUGCUUGAUCAAUUUAGAUGAGAAAUGUUUCCCACCCAUGCAAAUGUAUGCAACUGGUGCCUUUCCUUUUGGGUCACAGAACACUUUCUAGUUAUAAUUGACAUGUUGAGCACUUUAAAAAGGGACUUAGUGGCCUUGUUGGGGUUUGGGUAUAUGUGUGUACCUGUGAG